UGAAUUGGCUUCCAUCUUGGCGGGGGACCUUCCACCUCGAGACCGAGCCCGGAACAAGUCCACCUACCUGAACCAUGGAAGAGCACUCAUUCCCACCGCUCCAGAACGACCUCCUGUUGAGGGCCGCAUGGGGCCAAGCGGUCGAACGGCCGCCCAUCUGGGUGAUGCGGCAGGCUGGCCGCUACCUGCCCGAAUACCACGAAGCCAAGGGAUCCCGCGACUUCUUCGAGUGCUGCAGGGACCCGGAGGUCGCAUCCACGCUGACAUUGCAACCAAUUGAACGCUAUGCCGGCCUCGUUGAUGCCGCCAUCAUCUUCUCGGACAUCCUCGUGAUCCCCCAGGCCAUGGGAAUGCUCGUGGAAAUGGUCGACAAGAAGGGCCCCCACUUCCCCAAUCCGCUGCGCAGCCCAGACGACGGACAGUACGCCGCGCUGAUGCAGCGCACCGUCGACGUGGCAACGGAGCUCGACUAUGUCUACAAGGCUAUCACCCUGACGAGGAAGAAGCUGCAGGGUCGGGUGCCCCUGUUCGGCUUCUGCGGGGCGCCGUGGACUUUGUUCUGCUAUAUGGUUGAGGGUGGGGGGACCAAACUGUUUAAGGAAUCGAAGACAUGGAUUUAUAAGUAUCCCGAGGAGACCAAGGCCCUUCUGCAAAAGAUCUCGGAGCUUUGUGUUGAGUACCUCGCUCUCCAGGUCAAGGCCGGCGCCCAGAUCAUCCAAGUAUUCGACUCGUGGGCCGGCGAGCUGUCGCCCUCUUCAUUCAAGAAAUUCUCACAGCCUUAUCUGGCUUACAUUGCCCAGCACCUCCCCGCCAGGCUGAAGCAGAUGGGUUUGGAACCCGUUCCCAUGGUCGUGUUCCCCAAAGGCGCAUGGUAUGCGCUCGACGCUGCGUGCGACAUGGGAUACAACGUUGUCAGUCUGGACUGGCUCCACGAUCCGGCCGAUGCUGUCAAGGUCGUUGGCGACCGGCCAGUCGUUCUCCAGGGAAACGCUGACCCCGGCGUUCUGUACGGCUCGCAUGCUGCCAUCACCGAGGCCGUGGCUGAGAUGGUAAAGGGCUUUGGCUGGCCGGAUCGGAAGAAGGGCUGGAUUGUGAACCUCGGGCAUGGGAUCACGCCAUUCGUCAACCCGGACGACUUAAAAUUCUUCUUUCAGGAGAUCCACCGCCUGACCAAGACGGAUGGCCAAUAGCAGUGAAACGCAAUGUUGAGUUCGGAAUGUCACGACAUUCUGCUCAGCUCAGCAUGUGUAUUAUUAUCCGAGAGCGGAAUGUAUGGUACCGCGGAUCUCCAAUCCAACCACUCACAUAGGAUCUCCAACGCUGCUGAGAUGCAGUAUUGCCCUGAAGCCAGUCAGCGAGAUCCUCGACUUUGAUGUCGCCCAUCUUACCAAGACAGAGUCCAGCUGAGCUUG